CUGAACUCCGCCCAACUUGUCAAGCUUUCGGAUGCUCAUUGACGAACUCAACGACGACGACGACGAGAAGUGUUACUUGUUUGCCCUUUUGCGCGCCAGGGAACUGAAAUAAGUUUUGCGAUUCUUCAAGAGACGGAACCCUACCUACGCAAGCGCGCCCGCCCCGACCGAAGCUUGAUCCAACCAAUCCUCUUCUCUUUAGCUCAGCUUGUAUCCGAGUCGCGUUUCUUCGAGCUCACCGUCGUCCACGCUCCACGGAAAGAGCAUUCAUUGCUUGCAUUUGUUGGGUGGUUUUCACACCUCAGGGGAUACCUUCACCUCCCGCAUUGCGUGCUCCUCUGGAGGCCACGAACUUUCAACUAGAAUACGAGUCGAAAUCGAAAACCAAAGCGAAUCGGGACAAAGGCUCAAGAGCUAGCUCACGCACGUCGCAGGUAGCGAUUGUCGUUUGAUGACCUGGAGUGUCUAAACAUUGGAAAAUUGUGGCAAUAGACUUUGGGGUUCUUCAACUCUGAAUAUCGUCAACAGGGUUGCCUCCGAGUCGCCUCUGCGCCCAUUUUUGGUGUGCGCUCUAGGUUCAGUCGCGCGUUCUCCAGUUGCAGUGGAAACGGUGGUUUGGUGGUUUUUUUUACCUCCCGUACCUGCUCAAACUGGGACAUAGACAAGCCUCUGAACGGGGUGGCGUUUUGCUGGGAAACGAAGUCGGGCGCCUUAACGGCAUAUCUGCAGUGCAAAAGUGUGGUCUUUGCAGAAUAGUGCAUAUUGUACGCACACCGAGUUGGAUUAUCACGGGCUAGUGCCCUUGACAGAAAUUUAUAAAGUCUACCAGGCCAUGGGAUUCUCGGUUGAGGACAGGUAGCCCUCGCCCUGUCUGGUCGCCACGAGCUUUCCUACAAAUACCUAGCACUUGAUCCUUCCAUCUACCAUACCUAUGUUGGCCUUGCAAAGGCUAGAUUCAAGGAUGCCGCAGCCGCAGCCACCACUACCGGACGAGGACCCGGGCCUCAUCUUUGGUUGGCAAAUAGGGGUCAAUGUGGACGAGAUUUUCGGCUUCGAAAGGGAGCAUCUCCCACAACUAACGCCACCAGAUAAUCCUCAAGGGCCCCCGAUCCUGGAUACGGGAGAUACUGACACACUUGACGCCUUUUUUGAUCAUAUGCAUAACAACACGGAGCCACCACCCAACUAUGGAGAGGGUUUGGCUCAGUUGCAAGACGACUGGUUCAGUGACAUAGGUCCGGUGCCUGUACUUGUGGGCACCUCCACCACACUUGGACCGCAGACGGAUCCCACACUCAGUUCUCCGGCGAACCUGGAGAUGCCUCAAAUGACAUUUCCAAAUGUUGGGCCGAUGGUCAACGGAGCUUCUCAACCUGCGAGCUUCACACCCAUACCACAGGCCUCGAGCCAGCAUCAGAACCAACGCCGUCCUCACCACCAUCACCAUCAUCAUCACCGACAGUCACAUUCUGGCCCUGCACCGCCUCCAGUGCCUUCACCAAUCCAGAUCCCAUUACAUCAGCCGCAUUCUGAGCAGGAGAUUGCAGCGGCUACUGCAUUACAAAAUACUGCAUUGUUCCAAAACCGAACUGGCCGACCAGACUACUCACCAUAUGCGGGAAACCAAGCACCAAAUGGCGGAGUUUUUGGGCAAAGGCACCAGCCCCAGCUUGCCGGGCAAAAUCAUCAUUCACCAGUGUUUUCGCCAAUCGAUAAUGGAGCAAGUCAACCUUUUGGGUUCACAAUCACGCCGAAUCAGCAUGCCUCGCAUGCCCAAGAGCAACCUCAAGUCUCAGCGAAUGCAUUCCAACCUCGAGUGUACAUGAAUGGCCAGGCACAUGUUCAGCCUCAGCCGCAACGACAGCCUGCCCCAGCAGCCUCGUCUGGUACUGCGCCCGCCAUGUUUGAUAAUCUACGCAAUCCUCAAUACGGCUCUGAUCCCAACUUCAGCAGACCUCACGGUUAUGUCCCUCAAACUACCCAGGAAGAGAGUGCGCAGAUUGAGCAAGAGCGCCUCAAAUAUGUGGGCUGUCUAGAGCCAGUAGCACCCAGCAGUAACGAGACCACAGGACCGACGACGCCGAUAUCACCCGCCCGCAGGCCCACCAAUCUAGACAAGAUGCUCAGCGAAUACGAUAAUGCCACUGCAAAUGGGAAUGCAGCAAGCAUCGUGAAGCUCGAGUCGGAUGAAAGCACCGAUCAGAAGCGGACGAGCGUCGAAGGAAACGACGAUGAACCGCCGCCGUUCAAUUCCAAGGGUAAAGGAAAGGCAAAGCCCAAUCCCCGCCCUCGUCCCCAAAAGAAGCUCAAGAACACACCGGCAACCGCCAGGAAGAGCCCCUCAAGCGAUCUUGCCGCAGAUACCUCAGCUCCAGGGCCAAGCCCACUGAACUCGGGCGAUGUUGAAGAUGACGUGGACACCGCCGGGAAGCCCUCGUCUGGGAAGCGACGCAAGUCAUCGACGGCGCCGCAGAAACAGCCUCGCGUGAAUUUGACGUCGGAGCAGAAGCGACUAAAUCACAUCAACUCGGAGAAGCGACGACGCGGUAAUAUCAAGGACCAGCUUCAGGAUCUACAGUCUGAAAUCGACCCCAUAAGGGAUCAGAAAAUGAGCAAGGGCGUGGUCGCUGAGAAGACAUUCGAGUUUAUCGAGGCUCUCUUGCGCGAUAACCAAUAUCUGCUAGAACUAAGUAUGCAGCACGGCUGGUCGGAAGACUCUUUUAUCGAUGGGCUGAGUCAACAGCACAAUGGUGCUAGUCAAGGUUCGAGACCUCCAACAGACAACGCGUACGCCAACAACCAGUCGAUCCUAUCGACACCCGAACAGGCUUUUGGUAUGUCCUUGCAGAACGGACACGGUGACCACCAUCUUCACAACGGUGCUCAGUCGGUCCAGCCGGACGGGAUACAUCAACCAUCUAUGGGGCCCUCGGCACCUCACAUCAACGGCAUGAGAGCCCAUGUUUCUGCUGCCAGCAAUGGUGGAAACGACCUAGUUUCCCAGCCGACCAGCGGCUACGACAGCUACACCGCAGCACCGCAAGACAGUGGUGCCGGCAACUCCGGGCACGUCCACAACCCGCAAAUGUUCCACAAUCCGACCAUGUUUGGCCAGUGGAACGGCAAUGGCGCAGGAACUGGCGCUCAAAUACCCGCAUCUCAGAUGCCCACCUCUCCGCAUACUCUGUAUGGGUAGGACCCGGAGUGGGAGACGCAGAAAGAUAGGGAUAUAUAUAAGCAUGAUUAUUGAUAUGUUGCUUUGAUUUACUUUUUUUUCUCCUUUGAUUAUAAAGAACGCAUACGCUCACGCGCACACGCACGCACACACACGCACACGCAUUCGCACUUUGGAAAGGGCCACGCCUACUGGCUGCUCACCAACAGCCAUUCCGAAUGUUGCACUGCACAAGAUGGGACGAAGAGACCUCACGAGCCAUAUAUACCCUUUCUUUGGUGACUGUGGGGCUCGCUUUGAGGUAGUUACACAUAUACCCUGGGGCUGCAUUCUGUUAGUUAUUUUUUUUUAUCUCGGGUGACCGGGAGGUUUUCUUUGUUACUUUAUCAGUCGUUCCUGGAAGGGGGGAAAUCUCGGCGCAAACAGGAGUCAGAUUGGGGAUUUAUUCGAAAGGGAACAGCUGUUAUGGGAUGGGAUUGGUGUUAGGACUUUUGCUAAGGCGCGGGAUGGGCCCUGGGUUUGGUGUUUUGAAACAUCUUUUUCUUCUGUGCUCUUUUUUGGAGCCCCAUGACUGGAGAUUGGCUGUUGUUUGUUGUCUUUUGGGGCUCAGGAGCAAUUGUUUAGUUUUUUAUAAUAUCCCUCUGCCACACUUUCGACAUUCAUUCCUUUUUCCGUAUGGAAAGGGAACUGGCCAUUCUGCUUUUUUCCCUUUUCCUUAUGACGACGACGUUAUUUAUGGUUUACAAAAAAGUGUACCUGUUUUUUUUUUUAUUGUUCACCCUUUUUUUUUUCAGUUGGUCAGCGGGGUCAUACUUACCCAUUAUCACUAUUCUAAUACAGACAUGGCCCGUCUGCAGGAGGAGACGAGAGAAGGGAGGGGGAAGCAAGGUUUGUGGGUGGGGGAUAGAUGGA